AGUAGGCUGGUCUCCGGGGCAUCUUCUUAGCGUGUGACCCAGAUUUGGGACUAACCAGUGACGGUAGUGGAGAAGGAGGGGGUGCUGGGCUAGUGAGAGGAAGACUGGAGAGGGCAGGAAGAAGGGCUCUGACCCCAGUAGGGUAAUUCAUACUUAAACCCUGGUCCCCAGGAAGGCGAGAUGAAAUGAGAUCCCAAGGGCAGGGCUCACACGGCAAGAAAACUGGGAGUGUUCCAAGACCGAGGAGCGGAGCCACUGGAAAAUCGGCUAAUAGGGGUUAUUCGGUAGCCGAGGCACUCAGGGCUGGGACUGGGGCAAGGUGCCACCCCCAGAGUUGCUGGGCAGCCCCGAGACCCCUUGAGCACCGACCAGAGAAACUACGAGAACUGUCCACACUUGAACGCUGUUCCUCAGAGUCGCAGACCUCUAACGCUAACCCUCAUUUCUUGGCAAUCACCCCCAGGGAACUAGACAGUCGCCUAGACGUUGGGGAUGAACGCUUGGAUUCCAGGUGCAGGUUUGCUGAGCGCCUUAUAAGUCCCCCUCCACCAUAUCAUAGUCUAAUAAAUAAUUUUUUUGAGCCACAGAACCUAAUAAAGGUGAAGAACUUUAAAGAAAAGACAUUGGUGGAAAUGGGGACGCUGAACAAACAAAUAAAACAGGCUCAAAUCCAGCAGAAACUGCUGCAGGAUGACAAUGAGCAGCUAUACACUGAAAAGUUACUUGUCCAGGCUGAAAACAAGUUGUAUCUGGAAUACCUGAAUAACAAAACUGAGUACUAUAGAAAAGUAGAUGAGAAGCUGUGGAAUACCUAUUUACAAAAAUGUGGAAAGAUUCAACAAAGAAGAGAAGCAGCAGCCUCCAGAUAUGAACAACAAACUUCAAGGCUUAAAACAGAGCUCUUGGAAAAGGAAAAGAUUCAAUCACAUUUGAAGCAGCAAUUACAGGACAUGAGGGACAUUUCUAUGUUAAAAGAGAUGCAGGAGCUAGAAAUACAGACAUUACAGGAGAAGGAGAGAAAUGUCCAAGCUGAAAUAGUUGCAGAGAAACGGGAAGUACAGGUCCAGUUAGCUGAGGAAUUCUUUUUCUUCGGGAAACAACUGAGUGAGCUAGACUUAAGGCAGUUAGGAAAGAGAAAAUCGAAGCAUAAGAGUAAGACUCAAGCCUUGGAGUUGGCAGCAAAGGAAUCUUUUUUUGAGUUCUCUAGUGGCCUCAUCAGAGAGAACCAGCAGUUACAGAAGAAAUUGCUGCAGCUAAUCCGUCAAUCUUUGAUGUUGGAGGCUUCUCAAAGCCACUUAAAAAGUUGGAAGCAGCAGCUGCAGCAGGAACAGUGGUAUCUGGAGUACUUAACCCGCGGGAGGCAGCAACUGCAAGGAAGGCAUAAUUGGUGCCUAAAAGAACAGGAUGCUCCACAGACUGCAACUAGCCCUCCCCUAGGCACUAAGACAAGGAUUGAUUCACAGUAAUUCCUAAAAUAACAUUGAUUAAGUAAAAAGUGGAACAUUUUUCUUAGUUACUACUUAAAUUAAGCUGGUUAGGAAGGCUUUUGGAUUGCAGAUUGCUUCUGUAAAAUAUUCAUCCUGAUGAGUUCCUGUAAGAGAUUAGAUGGACUUUUUUCCAUCAGUCCUUCUAGAUAUUUGUGUAACUAGCUUCACUUAAGUAGCUUUUUCUUUAAUUAGCCCUCGUUAAUAAGACGUUCCAGACUUUAGUUAACCUAACAUGUGACCCUAAUACCUACCUAUUUCCCAAACACCCAUAUACAUCAAACUAGCUCAAGAAAACCAACUUGAGAAGUGAAACAGUUGUGAUUAAUCAUUUAGUUAAAUUAGAUUUCUCUAUAGACGAAGUACCUUUAAGGAUAGCAUUUCAGAUUGUUAGUGCUUUCUGGUCAGUUAACAGCCAUUAUCAGUUU